AUGGGACUAACUUCUCGGUCUCCUAACUUUCACGAUCAAUAUCAUCAUCAUCAACAACAACAACAACAACAUUAUGGACAACAACACGAACGACAAAGGAUUCCUCGUUUCGGCAGAGAGAGAAUGAUUACUGCCUUCCUGAGUGUGGGCUCCCUUAUUUUAGUAGCACUACUCUUCAAUUUAACGACCUUAAUACUGUUUAUUCCUCAUGACACCGAGGGACAGAAAUUAUUUGAUUUGUUUGAGGAGAGAAGAUUGAUACGAGAAAGACAAGCCAAAGAACUAGUGGACAUGAGCAACUUUGUGAAGGAAAUGACUGUUCAGGCGAAACGAGCCAACUAUCAAAAGAAAGCUCUUGCCUUCGCGUCGAGAUCGUAUAGUCAAAUGAAUGUAACAAAAGCAGCCUACAAUGAUCUCCUCGCUAAAUAUGCAAAACGAUAUCAAUACUACCAGGCGACACUUCAAGACGCUCAACUUAUAUUGAAUAUUACAAAGGUGGUUCACGAAUAUGAACUGCUCAAUGUUACGAAUAGAAUUUAUCAAGAAGAAGCCAAUAUAAAUAUAACAACACCAAUUGAUCCAAAUUAUGUGGAGAAGCUUAACGGUACACAGUUCACUACCCUUAGUACCACAACAUUUUCGAGAAGCCUCUACAGCGAAACAUCUAGGCUUGUCACAGGAGAAGGUUUUGGUAUUUUUAUCACCGGCCACGGAACAUUGUAUUCAUUCGGAACAAAAUCUUAUGCGUUGGGCAGAACUAAUAGAAAAGACAGAUCCGUAAAUCCUGUGGAUUUUAAAUUGUCUGCCAACGAAGAAAUUUGGCAACUCGUUGCAGGCGAUUCUCAUGUACUUCUCCUGACUAAUUUGAAAUUGUACGGAUGGGGAUUAAACAAUUGGGGUCAACUUGGUGAUGGUUCAACUACAACCAGACAGCUCCCAGUGGAAAUUCUGACUCAUUCAGGAAGUAUUAUAUAUAUUGCGGCAGGUACUGAUAAUUCGUUCUAUGUCAAUACAGCAGGUCAAUUGUACGCUUGGGGAAGAAAUAGUGAAUAUCAACUCGGUUUGGGAACUGACCGAACAAUAGCACCUGCAUCAGUGAAACAACCGAUGCUGGUCUCAUUUGCCGAUAACCCAGCAGUUACUCACGUUUGUGCCGGCGUUGCUCAUGUUGUUGUCAGAUUUAGUAAUGGAAGUUUUUCUUACUGGGGACAAAAUUUUCCAAUUGCUGGCUAUCCCAAUGCAGUUUAUCAAUAUUUCGCAAGGCCUGUAGAUAUUGGAGUGAGUCCUAAUAACUAUCCAACGAGUAACCACUUAGACUUUGUGUGUGGCGAUCGAUCAACUCUGUUUUUGACCAAUUUGGGAACAGUGUUUGGUUUAGGUGAAGGAGCAAACGGCAGGCUAGGAAUAACAGGAGCAAAUUCAAAGUCCGUAUUAACACAAAUUACAACCACCGAUUUGGGCUCUCGCAAAAUUUUGAAGCUCUUCCAUAAAAAAUCAGCAGCAUUUGCAAUAUGCGACGAUGGAACAGUAUGGGCGUGGGGAGCCAAUUAUCAUUGCCAACUUGGUACAGGAAGGUAUGACUGGUGUUAUUGGUGGUAUGGAUGUGGUUGCUAUGAUGUGACAAUACCAAGGAAGAUCCAAUCAUUUCCAAAGGCUAAAAAUCCUUAUUACUACGAGUUCGCCUUAAUGACAUAUUCCACUGCAAUGUUUUAUUCUGACGGUAAUAAUCUCUUUUUGGCUGGAGCAGGAUUUUCAGAAGAUAGCCGGUUGGGCACAAGAAUUAUUCCAAGAUACUUGUUCCGAAACAUUCAACAAGUGAAGAUGCAAUUUUGGUCACCUCUUCAAAGAAAGUAUCCCUUCUUUACCGCCCAAAACAAUCAAACCGUAUAUAUACGAGAAGAACAUUAUAUGGGCACUUCAAAAGACAAUCUUAAUAUUGUAUCAAUACUGGGAGUUGGAUACACCUCUCAAAAUGUCCCAAAUCAAGGAGUGACAAGUCUAUCUAUACAAGACAAGAAUAAGAUGUUUGCUUAUUCAUUCUUUAACACUCACAUGCUCACCGUCAAUACGACUGUUUAUUUCUUUGGAGGAAUGCUCAAUCACACUAUGACCAACAAAAUAAUUAGUACCAACUCAGUAUUUGGAGAAUGGACGGUGUACAAUAAGACUCUUCCUUUUCCUGUUGCAAGUGGAAUGUAUGCACUGGUUGAAGAUUACUUUUAUAUUUUUGGAGGAAUGACCACUGACAAUAUUGGAAACUUGAUGCCUUCAAAUAAGAUUAUCAGAGCUCCUUUAAGAGACAUUUUGAGUUGGGAGGUGACAACGAUGACAUUACCUUCUUCAAUUUAUGCAGGGCAUACAGAGAUCAUUGGAAACAAUAUAUAUAUAUUUGGUGGAAGAAAAUUUAACCAAGAACCGAAUUCAGAUAUUUUAAUGUCUCCUUUGGUCAAUAUGACUUGGACAAAUACAUAUCUACCACUUCCAUAUCCGAUUGUUGAUGGGCCUGUCCUCUAUGACUCUAAAAACAUUUACAUGUUUGGUGGGUAUUACGCUACCAAUGAAAAAUAUUAUGCAAAUAUUCUACAAGCUAAUUUGACAAACCCAUUGUACUGGGAUGACUCCAUGAACAAGGUCCCUUCUCCUGUAGGCUCACGUUAUUAUUCGAUUGGUUGUGGUUCGGUAUUUUUAUUGGGUAUGCAAACGAACAGGACAGACACAACUGUGAAUAUAUUGUCGUCAAACUCUAAUCGAUUUUGUUCGACUCACGGAAAUUGCGUGAGAGGUAAUUGUGUUUGUCACAAUCAAUGGACUGGUUUAAAUUGCUCAAUUCCAACUUGUAAUGGAAUUCCACAAGGAACACUCGGUGUUUGUAGCGGCAGAGGAUCAUGCAUCGGGCCUGAUACUUGUAACUGUACAAACUCAACGCUUUGGGGAAGUUCUUGGUGUGACAUUCCAAAAUGUGAUGGUGUUUUGGCAACCGUUAACUCUUCUGUGUGCAAUGGAAAUGGAGCUUGUGUGAGUCCCAAUACGUGUGUUUGCAACCUUGGUUGGCGUGGUGAAAGGUGUCAAGUCGCAAUCUGUUAUGGUGUGUCAGGAGACGACCCAAGUGUUUGCAGUGGUGUCGGAGCCUGUGUUAAACCGGACAUGUGUGCAUGUAACAUUGGUUAUUACGGUAGUAAUUGUCAAUCUUACUUUUCGCAAUCAAUUCGUGUUAAGGCAACCAUUGACGGCACCGAUAAUGUGAUCAUACAGGGAGGGGUGUUAACAUGGCAGCACGGAGCAUUUGGAGCACCCACUGGGAUUACUAUUAACGGCCAAGCAUUCGCCUAUACUUCCAGCUACCAAUUAGGUUACAAUACAGACGGAUUCAGCCGUGUUAGUGUGACCAAAACAACGGCCAGAGAUACAGUUACAAUAUCACAAAUGCCUACGGCCCAGAAUGGAUGGAAAACGAUUGUGGGCGUUGUAGACAAUCCCGGAGGAGCUGCAGCUUACGACUUUACCAUUACUAUCAGUGCUUAA